ACGCCGGUGGCUUUUUCUUUUCUCCCCCCUUCUUCUUCUUGUGACACCAUCCAGCAUAAACCACUUGAAGAUUUCCCCACUACAUGAAGCCCUGGAGCUUUUUGCACCUUUUAGUGAAACAACCUGGAAGCCAUUUCUGCUGUAAGCUACCAGAACAUGGAAGUAAAGGCAACCCGAGGGGACGCGUUGUGAACAGCUGAAAAAAAAAGAGAAGAUUAACACACAGGAAGAAGGAAGUUUGAUCUGCGAGAUCUCCUCUUUCUCUGUGUGUGUUUGAGUGUGUGUGUAUGCGUGUGUGUUUGUGUGUCUGUGUGCGUGUGUGUGCUCCGGCGAGGUGCAUGUGCGAACUAAAACACUGACCCGUGGCAUGAAUGAAGGACAAUGUCUCUGAAACUACCUCGCAACUGGGACUUCAGCACCCUCAAGGCAGAGACAGCUCGCAUAGCGCGGUCCAAGAGUGUGAUACCUGGAGAGGGAGGCCCAGGCCAGGGCUCGCCGCGCUCCUACAGGUCCAUGGAGAGGCCGCUGAAGGCCGGCUGGCUGAAGAAGCAACAGAGGUCUUUAGUGAAGAACUGGCAGCAGCGCUACUUUGUUCUGAGAGGAAGCACUUUGACUUACCACAAAGAUGAUAAGGAGACUACUGUCCAGGGAGUCAUCCAGAUGCGCUUCAGUAAAGUUAACGAACUCCCCCCGAAUUCAGAUGACCCUGGAAAGUACCUCUUUGAGAUCAUACCACGCUCGACUGGAGACAGAGAGCGAUGUCCCCAUGUGUUGAUGGCAAACUCCCAGAGUGACAUGGAGGAGUGGGUGCGCACCUUGCGCAGAGUCAUCGGAGCGCCAACAAGCGGAGUAUUUGGAAAGAGUCUCAUGGACACUGUGACAUAUGAGCAGCGCUUCGGACCUCAAAUGGUCCCAAUCCUGGUGCAGAAGUGCGUGGAGUUCAUCAAAGAACAUGGGCUGGACGAAGAGGGGAUCUUCCGCCUCCCUGGUCAGGAUAAUGCUGUCAAACAGUUCAGAGAUGCCUUUGAUGCAGGAGAGAGGCCCUCCUUCCCCAGCGACACAGAUGUCCACACGGUGGCGUCACUACUCAAGCUGUACCUGCGGGAGCUGCCUGAACCUGUGGUCCCCUGGAGUCAGUACCAAGACUUCCUGAACUGUACCAACUUCCUGGACUCCACCAGCUCUGAGGGCUGGGAGAGGUUGAACAAAGAAAUUGCUCUGCUCCCCAGAGUAAACUACAAUCUUCUCAGCUACGUUUGUCGGUUCUUGUUUGAGGUACAGCAACACUCCAAGGUGAAUAAGAUGAACGUGGAGAACUUGGCAACUGUGAUGGGCAUCAACCUGCUCAAACCUCAGAUAGAAGAUCCUAUCACUGUGAUGAAGGCGACUCCUCAGAUCCAGAAGCUGAUGACGGUGAUGAUCAGACAACAUGAGACUCUGUUUCCUCUUUCCAAAGAUGUGCUUCCCCCCUCUCCUUCAAACAAGGCAGAGAGCCAGAAGAAUGCUCCCAGAAGCUUUGUGGGCUGGGAGUCUGCAGAGAUGGGUGACGCAUGUCUGUCUGAGUCUCCAGAGGAGGAGGACAAUGACAGUCCGGGUCCACUCAGGGGAGACCACAGCCCCAAAACCUCGCUGCAGGAACCUCUGUCUCCUUCUGUAGAUGACUGGCUAGGAAGCCCCCGCAAACGCACCCAAACCCUCCCCACCUUCAACUGUCCGCUCACCGGGAUGGCAGCCAAGACCGAAGCCCUCAACAGGUGGAGUCGGAUCCAGGAGAGCACAGACGAGAAGAGCGCCACGCUGUCAGAGGACAUUUUUAAAAUCCUAGACCUGCGAACAUCAGGAUCAUUUUUCGGGGGGUCUACAAUGAGUAACAAAGAGGAGGAGGACAGAUUGACCACUCGGAGGGGGAGUGAGAAUUUAGUUUCUUUCACUUCUGUGCCGCAAACCCCUGAAAGUGACUUCCAGUCUCCCCGGAUGCUCUCUAAUCAGAAGAGUGUAGACACCACACCAGUGAGCAGUCCUCUUCCACAGGUCAACAGCUUGCCAGAGCUGAAGAAAGACCCCGGGCUGCCACUUCUAGACAGUUUGCAGCAGGAGAACAAGGAACUGAAGGCCACCGUGGCAGAGCUCCAGUCGGCCCUGGAGGCUGAACGCCGCCGUGUGGCCGCUCUGGAGAUCUGCCUAAAAAAUGCAGAACGCAGCAGAGACGAGGCCCAGAGACGCAACGGCGAGCUGCAAAGAGACAUUCAGCAGUUCCUCACGAGAGAGAAAGCUCCUACUUAAACGUAAUUCUGAGAUUCACUUACAUGUGGAUUUAUGAUCCUGUUAACAAGGGAAGCCUCAUCCAUGAACACGGGAACUGGGAGUCACCGUUUGGUCCUAUAGAUAAAUUAUUGACUAUUAUAUUUGUGUUUAUUUUAAGGACAUGUUUGAUCCUCCCGUUUGCAACAGUCACGUCACUGUGUAUGAAUUGCCUUCAUCUGGUGUAACUGAACAGAACUCAUUUACAUGAAUUACUUGCAUGGGAAUCUAGGGUCAGGCAUCAACUCUGCUCAAACCCUUUGAUCCGAGGAUAACGGGACUUUAACUAAUAUGAAUGUUAGAGAGUACAAAGAAUGUGUGUCAUUCAAACAUGUUUCAUUUCAGUGGUAAAUUAAUAAAGUU